AGAAUAGGGUGGCGCAUGCUCUCUCUCUCUCUCACUAUAUAUAUACAUAUCUAUACAUUUAAGUACAACAACAACACUAUCACAACAAGUUACACAUAGAAUAGACACAUAGGGGACCAACCCACCACGCCAAUCCUCACUACCUCUCACACGUUGUGUGAACCUAUAUACAUAUAUAUAUACUUACAUAGAUAGAUACAGCCACCCACCUAAACAGCCCAAAUCUCAAUGACCCUUCAGGAGUGACACUCAAAAGAAACCAAAGGGAUCAUUGUUUUGGUUUAUAACAACUCAUUGAUUCAAUGGAGUUUUUGUCUUUUGAUUGACCCCAGAUCUUCUAUUUGUUUCAUUGCAACAAAGUUUCAUUCCUUGGUGCAAUAUCUUUGCUUUUUUGGAAUUGUAACUUGGUUAUCUGUUUUGACAUUUAGAAGUGGGAGUGGAAAAUCAAGUGAUUUGAAUCGAAAAUGUUGACUUGCAUAGCGUGUUCAAAGCAACUCAAUAAUGGAUCUCUUCAUCAAAAAGAUGAGGAAGAAGCUGUGCAAACACCUAGCACCAAACAAGCCAUCAAGGCUCUCACAGCUCAGAUCAAGGACAUGGCAGUUAAGGCUUCUGGGGCCUAUAAGAAUUGUAAGCCUUGUUCAGGGUCUUCCAAUUGCAACAAGAACAAAAAGUAUGCUGAUUCUGAUAUGGGGUCAGAUUCAGCAAGGUUCAAUUGGGCUUACCGAAGAACCGGGAGCGCGAAUUCAACACCAAGAAUGUGGGGGAAGGAAAUGGAAGCUAGACUCAAAGGGAUUUCCAGUGGUGAAGCAACACCAACAUCGGUUAGCGGUCGUACCGAGUCGGUUGUGUUCAUGGAAGAAGAGGAUGAACCUAAGGAAUGGGUUGCACAAGUUGAACCUGGUGUGCUUAUUACUUUUGUUUCAUUGCCUCAAGGUGGGAAUGAUCUCAAGAAGAUACGGUUCAGUCGUGAAAUGUUUAAUAAAUGGCAAGCUCAGAGGUGGUGGGCAGAGAACUAUGACAAAGUUAUGGAGUUGUACAAUGUUCAAAGGUUCAAUCAACAAGCCGUUCCUCUUCCAACCCCACCUAUAUCUGAAGAUGAGAGUUCAAAGAUUGAAUCUGCAAGGGAUAGCCCAGUCACACCUCCUCUAAGCAAAGAGCGUCUGCCCCGUCAUUUACUUCACCCAACAGGAAUGGGCUACUCCUCGUCAGAUUCACUGGAACACCACCAUAUGCAACCACAGCCUUGCUAUGAAACAAGUGGUUUGGCGUCAAAACCUAAUCUUUCCGACAUUGGUGUGCCAAAGACCGAAAGAUCAUCCAUUGAUGCUUCUGUAAGGACAAGUUCCUCAGAAGAGGAAGAUGAUCACUCUGGUGAGCUCUCAAUCAGCAAUGCCAGUGAUAUGGAAACCGAAUGGGUUGAACAGGAUGAACCAGGAGUAUACAUCACUAUCAGAGCACUACCAGGUGGAACCAGAGAACUCAGGCGCGUCCGCUUCAGCCGAGAGAAGUUUGGAGAAACACGUGCUAGGUUAUGGUGGGAAGAGAACCGCGCGAGGAUACAAGAGCAAUACUUGUGACUAUAGUAAUGAGCCUUUAAACAGAUAACUGCUUCAGCAGGCUAACAAGAGAGGACAAUGAACUCUAGAUUCAGUUUCUUUCUUUCUAGUGGAUAGUUUCAAGUGACUGCAACUUCCACUUUGGAGUUUCAGUGUAGCUGUGGAGAAAUGCAGAUGAUGGGAAAUAUUAAACUUCGACAGUGCAAUUUUAGUUAUAGUUAAACUUGUUAAUGUCAAUGGUCUUGCAGUAGUUGUUGUCAAAUAUUUUCAUAUUGUAAUGAAUUUUGAACUAUUCCAUGUGGUAACAUGUUUGGUUCCCUCACAA